AUGUCUUCGAACAGAAACCACACCCAAACCUACGAGGCCGGUGACCACGUCCAGUACCAAGCCAUAGGCGGGGGCAAAGGCACGACUUCCACCACCGAGGGAGAGAUUCAGGAAGUUAUCACCCAUAAACGACCCGCUGGUGAUACUGGUGUUAAAGUUAAUGCUACCCCCGAAGAUCCUCGCUACACUGGCAAGGAGACUGCAUACAAGGAACAGAAUAUUGACGGUGUCACGGAGUAA